AUGAACGCGUCGGCCGAGAGCGAUGUGGAGCUGAUGCGUACGAUCCUAGGCGAGCACGUACCACAAAGCGUCAUCCUGACAUGUCUGAACGCUUGCGCCUUCGAUGUGAGCGCCGCACUGAAUUGGUACUUCGCCGAGGUGGCAUCGCCUCCUGUUGCUGCUUCCUCCUCGGUGCUGCAGCUGACACAGGUGCUGGGCGAGGCGGCUCCCACACUCUCCGUCCCGAGUAUACAGUCGGGCCUCAGUCUCACACUUCAUCCACGUGUCAUGGAGGGAAUGGUAAGCAAGUCAGAGGCCUAUUAUGCUACACUCACACGAGGGGACCCAGCCUACGACUUGCUCACACCUAGUAACGACAAAUUCCUGACUAUCCGCCUGCGUAAACGUGGCUGGCGCACUGGAUCCUUCCUGGGGGUCCCCUCACCGACCACUCAGAGACCUUAUUUCGCCAAUGGAGACGUGGUGACACUCGAGUGCAACGGACUGUGGCUCAAGGCCAGUUCCCUCAAUAAAAUGCUGCAGUGGAAAGCUCCAUCCGAAGACGAUCGCAAUAAAUUCGUGAUACGAGGCCUGCCUCUAGGCAAGAAUUUGGCUCCAGGAGAUUAUUUCUUCCUCACCAGCUACAAGUGGAAGGACAAGGAGAUAGUGCGCAAGGACGAGCGCCCCGUGGGUAUCAGUAGCUACAACACAAACAUUCAUCGCUGCUUUCUGGGUCUGGAACGCAUCAAAACAGCCAACCAGCGCUUGUAUCUGUACGCAAAACUCACGCCGAACGCGCUCAAAAGUCUGCCGAAACGUGGUGACCCCGUCGAUGUCAAUAAUCUCACAAUUAGCGUCAUGGGUACCCCCAUGUCGGCUGGGAGCUUCUCAGCGCGAGAACAGGCACAGUCGCAUCGGAAGGACUCCAUUUCCGACGAGAUCCAACUCACCAAUGCUAAGAUUGAGCAGAUGGCAAACAUCAUUGGCACGGACGUUUCUCGAGAUCGUCUGGCCAACUUUCUGGAUGGCGCUGGCGGAGACGUGCAGGUGGCAUUGGAGCAUUAUUUCAUGAGUGUAUCCAAGGAGUCCGGACCAGCAGCAACAGCACCUGCUAUCACCACAUCUACCGGUGCGCCCCCAACAAGACAAAUCCAGGAAUCAGCAACAGCUCUCGAGGAGGCCCAAGCUCGAGCACAUGCUGAGGCCCAAGCUAACCAUGACCGUCGGCCACUUAGUCAGCUCAUUUUGGGCAUCCCGUCCAUCUCUGAACCGCUACCAUCCCCAAGCACGGAGCCAGUGUCGAUUCCGCCUCCUGCUGCCGCCACCUCGCUGACGAAACAUGGCGGCGUUGUAGUGACCCCCCACCGUCCACCUUCAGUUGACGUCACGAGUACUUUUGUUGGAGAACCCUCACCUGGCAUGCCGCCUCCAGUUCCCUCUCCUUGUCCCUCUCCGAUCCCCUCUUCUGUCACUUCCUUAUCUGAUGCUUCUAUCUUAACCCCAGCUGCGGUGCCUCGAAUCGCUGAGGACGAAGUGUUUGUGGACGCGACGGACUAUUCACAACACCAGGAGCAAAUGGAGCAGCAAAUGACGCAACAGGAGCAGCAAAUGACGCAACAGGAGCAGCAAAUGUUUCAACCAGAGCAACAAGGCCGUGCGUCAGAGACCGUAUCCGAACCUGAGAGUGGACGAGCAGAGGCGCUUACGAUCCAGGACUUUGAGAUGCUCAGUGUACUGGGCAAAGGCAGUUUCGGUGCUGUGAUGCUUGUGCGCUUCAAAAAAGACGGACGAGUAUUCGCUCUCAAGAUCAUCAAGAAGAACAACAUGGACCAGGCUGACGUGCAGAACGCAAUGGAAGAGCGACAGAUUCUGCAGCGGAUUCACCAUCCAUACAUUUGUGGACUGGUCUUUGCCUUCCAGACCAAUGAACGGCUGUACCUCGGGAUGGAGUAUUACGCUGCUGGAGAUCUCUUCUACCACCUGAACAUGAAAGGCCGGUUGAGUGCGAAGGACGCCAAGCUGUACGGGGCAGAACUCGUGCUCGCCAUCUCGUAUCUCCACGAAUUGAACAUUCUCUACCGGGACCUCAAGCCGUCGAACGUCAUGAUUGACUCAGAGGGCCACAUCGGUGUGGUGGACUUUGGUCUGUCCAAACAACAUAUUUAUGGGAGCAACUUUGGCGUCAAGACACUGUCGGGGACAGCUGAGUAUGUGGCUCCAGAAGCGCUCGCCCAAUCUGCUGAUGGCUCUCGCAACUACGGCAAGGCCUACGACUGGUGGAGUCUCGGUGUCGUUAUCUACGAGAUGUUGGUUGGCGAAUCGCCUUUCUACGACGGGAAUGAGCACAAGAUGCUGAGUCGAAUCGCGUAUGCGGAGGUGAUUUUCCCCUCGGACUUCCCCCGUGAUGCCUACGACCUGGUUAAAGGUUUACUGUGCAAAGACCCGAAGCAACGACUGGGGUCGGAGAGAAUGGGAGGUGUGGACGCCAUCAAGCGCUGUCGAUUCUUUAGGCAAAUUGACUGGGAUAAAUUAUUGCGACGAGAAGUCAAGGCCCACUGGACGCCAAAGCUCAGCGGCGAGACAGAUACAAGAUACGUGGACCCAGAGUUUAUCGAUGAGGGUCCACCUUCUGCUGCGUACGAUCCGAGUGCUGAUGCUGGCAAUUCUCUCAGCAAGCGCUUCAGUCAAUUUUCAUUCAAUUACAAUCUUGGGUGA